CUAAAAUGAUAACUCGAUCCAAAGUCGUUGGGUGGGAAAGGAAUAAAGCAUAGACUCUGGUGAUGCACACCACGCUUGAUCCAAAGCUGAGGAAGAGAUGUCGGAGACUUUCCUCACCCCUGUGAUUGAGAAGUUGGUUGAGCUGUUGGCCGAUGAAGUCGGCUUGCUGAAAGGAGUCCACAAAGAAGUGAAGAGCCUCAAAGAUGAACUCGAGAUCCUCCAGCCGUUCCUCAAAGAUGCCGAAGCCAAGUCGGAGAAAGGAGAAAUCAGUGAGGCUGCACAAAUAUGGCUGAAGCAGCUGAGGGAGAAGGCGGAUUGUAUCGAAGACGUCGUCGAUGAAUACCUCCGUCACCUCUCACAGCGUGGUCAGCAGCAGCGGCAUGGCUUUGUUCGUUCACUCCGCAAAAUGGGUCAGAUCAUCAAAGCCUUGAAACCGCGUCAUGACAUAGCUUCUGAGAUUCGAGAUAUUAAAGAGUCAUUGCGUGAAAUCAAGGAAAGAGGUCAGAGUUACGGGUUGAGACCUUUCGAGCAAGGAUCUAGCAGAGGUAGUACAACCAGUAGCACAAGUGAUGCAGCAGGCCUCACCUCUCGAUUGAGUUCUCUCUUCAUCGAGGAUGAUGAGCUUGUGGGAAUCGAGUCGACAUCAAAGAUGCUCAUAACAAGUUUGGUUGAGGAGCCGUCGGCACGCACGGUGAUUUCACUUGUUGGUGAAGGUGGAAUUGGUAAAACAACUCUUGCUAACAAAAUUUUCAACGACGAAGAGGUGAAAGGACACUUCGAUUGCCAUGUUUGGGUCACUGUGUCUCAAUCGUACGAUAUCGACAAGAUUUUAAGGAUCAUGAAAAAGAAGAUUUGCCCAAAAGUUGGACAACCCGCGGAGGAAGAAAUCUUCACCAUUGAAGAAUUAAUUAGUCUUUUGAGGCAGUUUUUGGAGACAAAAAGGUACGUGGUUGUUUUCGAUGACGUGUGGAAAACAGAAUUUUGGGAUGUCAUUAAACAUGCUUUGCCUAAUAACAACAAUGGUAGUAGAAUAAUUGUCACAGCUCGUAAUAGUGCCGUUGUUGACUCCUUUAAGGAGACCCCAUUUGAUGUUGUACAUGAGCUAAAACCUUGGUCUUCAGAGCUUGCCUGGGAGCUAUUUUGCAAGAAUGCUUUUCGCUAUGAGUCUCAAGGGAAAUGUCCCCAAGAGUUGGAGGACUUGUCCCGUAGGUUCGUAAGUAAAUGUCAGGGCUUGCCACUUGUUAUUGUGGCUGUCGCUGGUUUGUUGUCCAAAAAGGAGAAGACCAAAUUGGAAUGGCGAAGCGUGCUUGAUAAUCUCAACGAUGAGUUCGAAAAAAAUCCCCAACUUGCCAAUGUUUCAAGAAUUCUCUCUUUCAGUUACCAUGAUCUACCUUACCAUCUUAAAACUUGCCUCUUGUAUUUUGCCAUUUUUCCUGAAGAUUAUUCUAUUCUUGAGGGAAGACUGUACACACUUUGGAUCGCUGAGGGCUUUAUUCAAUUAAGGAGAAACAAGACACCAGAACAAGUUGCUAAAGAAUACUUGAGCGAGCUCAUUGGUAGAAACUUGGUUUCAUUUGAGAUACGGCACGGAAUCGAAAAACAGUGCCAUGUUCAUGAUUUGAUACGUGAUCUCAUUUUAGCAAGAGUUGAUGAGUUCUCUUUCUGUCAAAUUCUUGAAGACAAUAAGUUGAGAUUCGAAGGAAAGAGCCGCCGUGUAUCAAUUUAUGGUACUACAAAGGAUGUCUUAGAGUCUGUUGCAGGUUUUAAGAUGCGUUCUCUCUUCCUCUUCAACGUCGAUGGAUUCAAUAAGUCUUUUGUGGUUAGUUUGUUCGAAAGAUUUAAACUUCUGAAGGUGCUGGAUUUCGAAUAUGCUCCACUUGACGAUCUCCCAAGUGAAGUAGGGAGUUUGUUUCACUUGAAGUACCUAAAUUUGAGAGGUACAACUAUAAAAACGCUUCCAAGGACCAUUGGUAAGCUACAGAAUCUAGAGGUGUUGAAUAUUUCUCAGACCCAGAUAAAAGAGCUGCCAGACGAGAUCAAAAAACUUCAAAAUUUGCGGUAUCUUUUAUCCUUUUGUCAUGUGGACAAUAAGGAAAGUGAAUAUAGUUUCGAUUCAUUCUAUGGUGUGGGGAUCAGGGAAGGGAUUGGAUGUUUGGAGAAGUUACUAACACUACAUUUAGUCGAACCGCGUGUUGGAGGAGUUGAUUUUGUGAAAGAGUUAGAGAAGCUGCAGAAAUUGAAGACUUUGGGCAUUGGAAAGUUGACCGCAGAAAUGGGGAAGGCUCUUGCAGCAUCCCUUGAGAAAAUGAAAGGCCUUGAAAAGUUAUAUGCAUACUCAAAAGACGAAGGGGAGAUUUUAGAUCUAAAGGGCAUUAUAUGUCCUCCUUUUCUAUGGCAUGUAAGCUUGCAAUGUCGGUUUCAAGAGUUUCCGGAUUGGCUUUCCAAGCUUGAAAACCUAAAGGAACUGAAUUUACGUUUCUCAAGGUUAGCGGAUGAACCGUUAAAAUGGCUCAAACAUUUGCCAAAUUUAGUAUUCCUGCUCUUAUACAAGGCGUACGACGGAGAGGAACUGCAUUUUGAGGAAGGCGGUUUUCUAAAACUCAAGCAACUUAAAUUACGAGAUUUGGAAGGACUAAAGGUGAUGAAAAUAGACAAGGGAGCACUGCCCCUUCUUGAGAAGUUUGCAUUCGGGCCUUCACCGCUAAUGAAGGAGAUGCCUUCUGGUAUAGAGCACCUAACAAACCUCAAAUCUCUGGACUUUAGAAACAUGUCAAGGGAAUUUGUGGUUAGUCUGCAACCGAAUGUAGGCCCUGAUUAUUGGAAAAUCAAAAAUACACCAUCAGUCACCUUCUGGCACAAGAGGGAACGCUACAAGCUGGGCAGCUCGGAGUUGUUGCAGCGUCUGCAAGAGUUAGGCAAUUGAGAUCAAACAAAGGAAGUGGCAGCGUAAGAAGGAAGUCGUUCCGAAAGGUGUCCAGGGACACAGCUUACACAAGGAAGAAGAUUUAUUUAUUUCUCUUUAGUCAUGUCCACAUGCUUUUGAGUCGUGUUUGUGCAGAUAGGCCGAACUCGAUGUUACUUUAACUCGUGAUGAAUUAUGCUUACAAUAAGCCUGAUGGCAUUGCUUAGACACCAUCUUGAUUAAGUUGUCAUGUAAUUGUUUGUGAUUAAUUUCAGUGUGAUGUAUCGUUAGUUUGGACAGAAGUCGUGGAGAUGUUUCAGUUUGCUAUGAGCUAUGCUAAUAAUGUGGACUUGUUCAGCAAAUUAGUUGAGUUUUUUUACAUUUGAUGAGGGCAAUGUAAUUAUAAUAUCUACAGGUUGUAGAGUUCAAGGCAUUCGCUCUACAAUUGCUUCA